UGUAAAAAAACUCAUCCUGGGUCGCCGAUCACGCAAGAAGGGCAUUAAAUGCCCUAACUGUCAACGCACUCAAAAUGCAUCAAACAAUUUCUGCAGUAAUUGUGGAGGAUGCUUGGCUCCUGCUUCGAGUGUGCAAGUUGCAGAUAAGAGUGAUGCAGAAAGGACCUCGACGGUAGAGAUGGAACCUGAGGGAAAAUUACAGGUGGAAAGCUCCCCUUUGUUGGGAUCAUUUGUGGAUGAACAGCCAUCUAGCAAACAAACACAUGGAACACCUGAGGAGUCUCCAUCAGGAAGACUUGGGAAGGGCACCUCAGCCUCCCGAAAACGAAAGAACAGGAAAAAGAACAAGAAGACUCUUCCAGAUAGUGAAUUGCAUAAUGCCUUGUCAAGCUCAAAUUCAGCUCCAUCCAGUCUUGACUGUUCACUUACACCAGAUUCAGCUGAUGUGAGAAUCCCAUUAGAAGAAAGUCAACACUCUGAAGCGAAGUUGAUUGACUUAAUGCCAUCCACUGGUGACAGUAGUGGCCAUAUUAGAAAUAGCUCCUUCUAUGCAGAUCAGGGCCAAGAAUUUGUGGGCAGAACAGAAAUCCAGGCUCAGUCAGAGCAUAAUAACAACAAUGGUGCAGUAAGUCAACCUCUUAUUGCCACUGUCACAGGGGAGAAGAUGGAGAAGGAAAGUUCCAGAAUGGUUGUUAUAGCUGGUAAACAGAAGGAUCCUAGCAAGAAACAAUGUGCCACCAAUUCUGUUGGACCUAGUCAACUUUCCGAGAAUACAUCCAACAUAUUAGAUGAAAGUCUAACACAACCUGUUUCUAAGGGAAACAUGGAUAACAGAUCUUCAGAUUUCAAUGUUAAUGUUACAUCUUCUGAGGAAAAAAGUAGAGGAUCAAGUACUGAACAUCAAAACGCUGAAAUGAAGAGAGCCUUGCCUGAAUCUGAAGUGGGACACAGCAAUACAACAGAAGUUAUAGAAGAGGCCAAGCAACAGAGUGCUUCUGGUUCAAAAAAAGCAAAGUUAGAGGCAGCCAAGGGGGAGAAUGUCUCUGAAAAGGGAGAAAAAAUAUGCACUCCAGUAGAAGAGUCUGGGAAGAAAAGGAGGGGUUCUGUUGCUUCUGGAAAUCAAAAGCAGCAGUCAAGAAAGAAGGCCGAUGCACAGGAGAUAAACCAUGAAGACCCUGCUUUCAGACAAAGUCAGAUAGAUUUUGAGAAUGGUAUUACAGUAUAUUUCCAUGCCAUUCUGUCUAAGGACUUCAAGAUAAAUCCUGAGAAGCAUAAAGUAUUCAUUAGGGCAGGGGGGAUUUCUGAUUUUGCUGACUGGAAGGAUAACGUCUGUGAGCUGAGCUGUACCAAAGAUCUUGAAGAACAUGGAUACCUGAUUGAAGGCUUCACCAUAAUGUCUAAGGAAAACUUGAAUAAACCAAUUUCUUAUAAAUACUUGGUUACAAGUGGCAAAAAACAGUUGUAUGAAUUCAUUUACAAACCUGCUUCAGCAGAUGUACAUGUAAAUCGCUCCUUGUUUUUAUCACCAGAGUUUUUAAGUGGUACAGAUUGGCAUCAGUAUGACGAUAUAAUAUGUCUUAAACCUGAGGAGAGUUUGUUGAAGAAAUUUAUGAGUUCGUUGUGGAAAGAUAAGGAAAAGGAUAUUGUGAGAGGGAAACUGAUAGCAGUAAGAAUAAUGCUGGACAGACUCUUCAGUAUACUUCAUCCCUGGAGUCCGAUUAACCUCAAAAGCUUUUUCCAGCAUUUCCAGCAAUUUUACCAUGUGAAUAAAAGACCAAUGGUAAAUGAAGGACAGCGAAAGGAAUGGAAAGAGCUGCAAUUUGGAGAAAAGCAGCUGCAAGAGGCGAUUGUGAAUUACUUGAUGGAAGGAUCCAAUUACCUUCACAACCAGAACACUUCAGUGUGUGAUAAAUUAGGCCUAGCACUGAUAACCCUUACUCUAGCAAAAGAUUACAAUAUUCCACUAUCCAGAAAGGAACUGCCACAAUUAUGCACAUUUCUUUGUCUGGAGAAAUCACCAGCAGAUGUAGUGAAUGAAACCAAGCACUUCAGAGAGAUGUUUUCCGAGUGUCAGGGUAUGGAGCAGUAUUUGAUAAUGUUCUGUAAUAGCUGUAUUGCAGAAGACAUUCACCAGUGGGUGUGGACACUCCCAAUUCUUUAUCUAUUUACUGUGGCUGAUUCUGAAUAUAAGGAUAGGACUUGCCUUGAAUCUGAAGAGAAAUGGGCAAGGUUGGAAGGUAUUCUGUAUUCUGCGGUCAGAGAUGAAAAAUGCAGCUUCAUUAAGAAUCAAAUGACAGAAAAGAAGCAUUUGCUGAAAGGAAACCAAACAUUAUUCAGAUCCUGGUUCUGCUUGUUACCACUAUGGAAUCUGGUGGAAUUUAUCUCUGACUCUUCUGCUGAUCCAUUAGACUGUCUUCUAGGAACUUUUUAUAGACUGAAGGAGUUGAAAAUCCACAAUAAUAACUGUCAGGAGGUAAAAAAACUUUUAGAGAUAGUGUUGCACAUCCUGUCUGAAGGAAAGAUUACAAUGCAGCAAAAUGAUUGGAGCUGUUCCGCUUUAGUCUGUCAAAAGCUUCAUGAGAUAUGCAGUAAUCAACUCCUGGGAACACAAUACAAGUUACUAGCUACAGCAGUUGAGAUUGUUUCAAAAAUUCUUGCACUUGAACCUGUAGAGGUUUCAGAAAAGGACAUUGCCACAACAACAUUCCAAAAUGUUUGUAAAACUACUAGGGAUUGGUUUUGUAACCGCCUUUCAAAACGUCUGUUGGGAAAAGGGUCAACAUCAGUUAUUGAGGUAUGGGAUCAUUUUUUGAAAAUAGAAUUUCCUAACAGCAGUAAUUCUGAAGACUGGAAAGAAGCUUUAAUUGCAGUUUUGAAAGGCAGAAUUAAACAGGAAGAUGCUGUUGAACAAAUUAAAGCCUACUGUAGUCGCUAUGAGGAAAUUAAAAAAUUCAAUUCUGUGAUUUUGAAAACAUUUGAAAACUGUGCCAUUGAAGCUAUUGAUUCAGCAUACCAGAAACAAAAAAAUCUGCUUGAGUUGAUAUCUUCAUUUGAUCUGAACAAGCUGGGCAACAUUAUAUCUGCUGCUAUCAUAAAAUCCUGGCCAAGGGAUGAAAUGGGGACGCCUUUGACAGACCUUCAAAGUGUACUAAAGCAUCUGCUUGAAUGGCAAGACAGCAGACAUAUAUUCAUUUUCAAUCGUGCAGAAGAAAACAUUCUAAACCAAUUUACUGAAGAUGCUCGAUCGUUAAUGGCCAUUGCUGAAUCUUCAUUUGAAAAUGUUGUCAAUACACUUGUAACAGGCCAUAUUCUGAUUAAGCAUUUGGAACUAAUUUUAAAACAUAAGGCACAAUUCAUAAAAUGCAAAGAACAAUCACUCCCAAUUGAAUCACCUGAAGGACUGAAACUAGAAGAAGUGUUAAAGCUGAGGCUACAGGAAGUAUUGCAUGUCAAGAGGGAGCAAAAACAUUUGGGAGUCCUCUUGGAUAUGUUGAGGAAGGUUCAGUGCUAUGUAACCGUGGAUUUUACUGAAAUGGAGCAAAAGUGUAGCAAAAAUCUGGCACUGGAAAUAUUGGAUGAUGUUGUGAAUGUGAGGAAACACACUUCAUGCAGUGAUGAUGGAAUGGAGACCUACCUCCAUUUGAGUCAAGACCUGAAAGAGAUAUCUGAAUUUGUGUAUAAUUGCGAAGAUAGCCACAUCUUUAAGUAUUGCUGGGAGCAGGCAGCCAAGAGGCUGAUGCAUAACACUGAGGAUCCAGACACAGAAGAAACUGUGACCGUUCUAAAUAUGGAGGAUGUGUAUGACUGCUUAUUUGAUCCUUGUCGCAAAGAAUUCCAAAGGCUUUCUGAUAGCUUGAAAUUGGGAGAGCUCACAUUUGCUGAAGUGAAUGCUCUCUUCAAAGAUUUUAUUAACCAUUACAAAGAACUCAGAAGUGAUUUCCAAAUUAUGUGCAAACUGCAGUAUCCGGAUAAUGGAGAAUGGAUAGAUGAACGGAUCCAGCAGAUCCAGCAGUAUCAUGAAUUGGAUUUGGCAUUAGACUCUGCUAAAGUUAUUGACAAAGUCAAGGAGGUUUUGAAGCUUUCUGGCAAUUUCAGUGUCCUGCAACAAUUGCUGAACUUAACAAGUGAAUUCCAAUCCUUUCAACAUGAAAAGCUUUCUUCUAUGAGCCCUUCAUUGAUGCGUGCUAAAAAACUGCUGCAAGAUAUUACUAAAGAACGUCGUGGGUGCCUCGAAGAGCUUGCAGUUAGGAAGGAGUUUGUUAACUGGGUCAAAGAGGCUUUGCAAGACAUCAGUGAGCUGAAAGUGUUUGUGGAGCUGGCUUCUAUAUCUGCCGGAGAGAAUGACUUGGAUGUGGAUCGUGUGGCUUGUUUCCAUGAUGCUGUAUUUGGCUACUCCUCCCUGCUGUAUGAUUUAAAGCAAGAGGCAGGAUUUGAGGAGUUCAUGGAAUGUUUGAAGAAAAUAUGGAAGGCCCUGGAAAGUGAUCACAACCUCUCCACAAAGCUGCAUGAUUCUGCAAGAUACUUGGAUUGGCUAAAAACCAUCAAAGAGAGUCAUGGCUCUGUGGAAUUGUCAUCUAUAUCACUGGCAACAACAAUCAAUUGCAAAGGAAUUUACAGAAUUAAGGCCCCACUAGAAGGGCAGAAGGUUUGUCAGGACACUGUUCUACACCUGACUAUUCAAGAAAGUCAUGGGGACCAAGAGAAGAUACGGCAGUAUUCUCUGGAAGAGCUUGAAGAAUUGAUGAACAAGUUGAUGCUGAUGUCAGGAAAGGUAGAACAAAGUGCAGAAGUGGAUAAAUUUUCUGAAGUGUUUACUAGCGUUCGGAGACUUGCAUUGUCCUUCAUAGACCUUUAUUCUGCUGGAAACAUGCUCUUCCGAAACUGGAUUGCCGACAUAUAUUGCUCAGCUAAGAAUCAGUUUUGCAUUAAUAUGAACUUUAAUUUAAAUUCUAUCAGUGGCCUUUGUGGAAGUGGAGAAGUGGCAGAAGUUCUGCCAGCCAUAUGCAGAAAGAUGGAGAGUUUCCUGGAGAGGUGGAAUUACUUCAUGUCUGAGAAGCGAUCCCAGUAUUUUUAUCUGAAUUACUACAUGGCUGAGCAACUAGUAUAUUUAUGCAAGGAGCUUGGUUCAGGGAAACCCAGUGAGGCUGCCUUAAUGAUGCUGUCCUUCAUAAAACACAGCUGCAGUAGAGAAGAUACUGAAGAAGUCUCCAAACUAGUGGUAUCUGAAAUACCAAAGAGGAGUUUCGAUGUCAUGUAUGGACUCAGGGCAGGUAGAAUAGAAUUGACGGAACAAUUGGAGGAAAUCUGGAGAUCCUACAUGGAGAACAUGGGCUUAUUCCUUCCACACUGCUUUGAUAUUGAAACCCUUGGUAGGUUCCUAUCUACUUUGGCAGAUUUGGAGAAAAGGAGUGUUGUGCGAGUAUUACCACAAGGUCUUCGUGCUGGGCAGCCCAACAUCAUUCUCUGCCCUCGCUCUGAAGUUAUGGUUUCCACACUUGCCAUCUACAUGAACAGUCCAGAAGAGAUGCUACCCUCUUAUGAUGAAGUCUUCUUGUGUACACCACAAACUAGCUAUGAACAAGUGGAAUUGUUUAUGAGGCGGUGCCUUAUUCCAAACAAUAAAGAGAAGAAGAUUUAUACCUUGCUCUUUGCAGAUGAGUUGAGUUAUGAUGUUGGCUAUAAGUUAGAGGAACUAUACCAGAGCCUUCAGUUAAAACAUACAAGUGACUAUCAUUUAGUGAUGUUCUGCAACUGUGAAAGAGAACACUGCUACAUCCCCUCUGUUUUUAGUAGUUUCAUCAUUCACAUGGUCCCUCUUCGGCCCCUAAAAGAUAUUCAAAGUUACCUUGGGAAGCAUUACAAAGCCAGUGAGCUUGGAAAUCCAUCAACGUCUGUCUUCAAGGAUAACAUGUGUGUUGGGAUUGUAUCUUCUGAAAGAGCUGGAAUGGGAAAAUCUCUCUAUAUAAAGAGGCUGCAUCAGAAAAUGGAAGCAAAACUGCAAGGUCGCAGCGUUCUUUUAAGAACCAUUCGGCUGAUUGAACCCCAUGUGAAUGAAAGAAAAGUCCUGAACUGUCUAUUUCCAUUCCUGGACCACAAGUCCCAGAAACAGCCCAUGAUCUUCCAUUUUGAUAUUACUUCUUCUGUUCAAACUGGAAUUUCAGAAUUUUUGUUCAAGCUGUUCAUCUUACGGUAUCUGGAAGAUAUAGAUGGGAAAAUCUGGCUCCGAAAACAGUGCCACCUGUAUGUUGUAGAAAUUCUGGAAGCAUCUCCCUCACCAAAAAAACAAAGAGAAUCUAUAUUUCCAAGAUUGAAGUACAGUUUCCUUGAUGUUUUCCCCCAAAUAACUUGCAAGUCUCCUAAAGAAGUACUGGAGAAUGAUACUCAGAGGAAUUUAUUUCAUGACAGAAAUAAUCCAGGAAUGGAUCAAGAAAUGUUCUGUAAUGCAGCUUUUCAGAGACCAUUCCAGUAUUUGAUAAGAGAAAACAGAAAUGAAAAUCUUGAUAGGUUCCAGUAUAGAAAAGGCUUGGUGGAAGGGACUCCAGGACAAUGCCUACAGCUGUUCUUGAUGUAUUGUGGAAUGAUUGAUCCUUCUUGGUCAGAACUGAGGAACUUUGCUUGGUUUCUUAACCUUCAGCUGAGAAAUUGUGAAACCUCUGUGUUCUGUGAUGUUGAUUUUGUCGCGGACACUUUGCAGGGCUUCAAAAAUUUUGUGGUCAAAUUUAUGAUUUUAAUGGCAAAAGAUUUUGCAACUCCUUCACUUAACAUUUCUGAUGAAAGCCCUGGCGUGCAAGUUUUUGAAGGGGUUACUGAGGAAGCUCUUGCUCCAUUUCUGCUUCGGAAAAAGUGGGAGUCUGAACCCCAUCCAUACAUAUUCUUUAAUGAGGAUUCUGUAUCUAUGACUUUCAUUGGCUUUCAUCUCCAGGAGAACAUCAAUGGUGGCAUUGAUGCCAUCAAUCCUUUGAAUGGCAGUAUUAUCAAGAGCAAUGUCAUGACCCCUCAGCUUUAUAUGGGAUUAGUUCUUCAAAAAGUUCCAUUCAAUGUUAAUUUUGAUGCACUGUCCAGAGCUCAGAAAAUUGAGAAACUUUGCACAGUCUUAGGGAUCCAGUGGCCAAGUGAUCCUGAUGAAACUUAUGAACUUACAACAGACAAUAUACUAAAAAUCCUUGCUAUUGAAAUGAGAUUUAGGUGUGGAAUUCCUGUUGUCCUGAUGGGAGAAACUGGCUGUGGAAAAACCAGGCUUAUAAAAUACCUGUGUGAACUGCGUAAAGGUGGUGCCAAUGCUGAUAAUAUGAAGCUUGUCAAAGUUCAUGGAGGUACCACAGCAGAUGCAAUCUAUACUAAAGUGAAGGAAGCUGAAUGUACGGCAAAAUACAAUAAGAAGAAUUACAGUUUUGACACAAUUUUAUUUUUUGAUGAAGCUAAUACUACGGAAGCUGUCAGCAGCAUCAAGGAAGUCUUAUGCGACCACACAAUAGAAGGACAGCCUUUACUCCCCAACUCAGGUUUACAGAUCAUAGCUGCAUGCAAUCCUUAUCGCAAACACACACCAAAAAUGAUCCAACGCUUGGAGUCAGCUGGACUGGGUUACCGUGUCAAAGCAGAGGACACCAGCGAUAAGCUUGGCUCCAUUCCCCUUCGGCAGCUAGUUUACCGCGUCCAUGCACUCCCUCCAAGCAUGAUACCUCUGGUGUGGGAUUUUGGACAAUUGAACAAUAUUACUGAAAAACUAUACAUACAGCAGAUUGUGCAAAGACUUACCAGCUCAAUCAAAAUGUCUGCUAUUGAGAUCCAAAUUAUUACUGAGGUGCUUUUUGAGUCACAGGCCUACAUGAGGCAGCGGAAAGAUGAAUGCAGCUUUAUCAGCCUCAGAGAUGUAGAACGCUGUGUGGAAGUCUUCAAGUGGUUUCACAGCCACAGUGAACUUCUCAUUGAAUAUCUGGAGAAGUAUCUGGCAAGUAAUUCUCCUAAAAGUAUAAUUCAGAGAGACAAAAUCAUUUGGUCUUUGAUUCUUUCAGUUGGUGUUUGCUACCAUGCUUCCCUGGAACAGAAAGAGGCAUACUGGAGAGUUAUCUGCAAAAUACUUCCAGAACCGUACCACAACGAAAAAGGAGUUUUUGAAGAAAUUAGCUUAGUUCAGGAUCUUUUCUUAAGCGGUGUGCCUCUGAGGCAAAGAAUAGCAAAGAACCUGGCUUUGAAGGAAAAUGUGUUUAUGAUGGUCAUCUGCAUUGAACUUAAAAUCCCUUUGUUUCUUAUUGGGAAGCCAGGCAGCUCAAAAUCUCUUGCCAAGACCAUUGUGGCUGAUGCCAUGCAGGGUCAAGCAGCGUAUUCUGAUCUGUAUAAGGAACUUAAGCAGAUUCAUUUGGUGUCUUUUCAGUGCAGCCCACAUUCAACCCCUGAGGGGAUCAUAAAUACAUUCAAGCAUUGUGCUCGCUUCCAGGAAGGAAAAAACCUUGGAGAAUAUGUCUCUGUGGUUGUAUUGGAUGAAAUUGGAUUGGCAGAAGACUCUCCCAAAAUGCCUCUGAAGACCCUUCAUCCUCUCUUAGAAGAUGGAUGCAUUGAUGAUGAUCCACUUCCUCACAGACGGGUUGGCUUCAUUGGGAUAUCUAACUGGGCUCUAGAUCCAGCUAAGAUGAAUCGAGGUAUCUUUGUAUCCCGUGGAGACCCAAAUAAAAAUGAACUCAUAGAAAGCGCGAAAGGUAUUUGCUCUUCAGAACUUUUUGUACUGCAGAGAGUUGAGCGUUUCUUUCCUAUCUUUGCAAAUGCAUAUGAAGAAAUUUGCAAGAACCAAAUUAAGGAAUUUUUUGGGUUGCGCGACUAUUAUAGUCUUGUAAAAAUGUUAUUUGCUUUGACAAAAAAAUCUGGAAGCAUACCAGGUCUCUGUGAAAUAGCAGAGGUAGUUCUCCGAAAUUUCAGUGGCAAAGAAGAUGUUGAAGCCUUGGAUAUUUUUAUGUCUAAGAUUCCAGGAGGAGGAGAUGACAUUUAUAAGGAUAUCAGUACAAUUGUUUUAAUCCAGCAGAAUAUUUAUAGUGAUUAUCAGGAUGGUGAAUGCCGAUACCUGUUAGUGUUAACAGAAAAUUACGCAGUACUUCAGAUUCUCCAACAGUGUUUCUUCAGAGAUGUUCAGCCAGAAAUUAUUUUUGGUUCCAGCUUUCCCAAAGAUCAAGAAUAUACUCAGAUUUGCAGAAACAUAAACCGAGUGAAGAUUUGCAUGGAGACUGGGAAGAUGGUUGUUCUUCUCAACCUACAAAACCUUUAUGAGAGCCUCUAUGAUGCCCUCAAUCAGUAUUACGUUCAACUUGGUGGUCAAAAAUAUGUUGACUUAGGUUUGGGGACCCAUCGAGUGAAAUGCAGAGUGCAUCCCAAGUUUCGACUGAUUGUCAUUGAAGAAAAAGAGGUGGUGUACAAACAGUUUCCCAUUCCAUUGAUUAACCGGCUUGAAAAACACUAUCUGGAUUUUAAUACUGUACUGAACAAGGGGCAAAAGAACAUUGUGGAAUACUUGAAGAAAUGGGUGGAUGACUUCGUAGCAGUUAAAACUGAAAAAUAUUUGAUGGGUCAACAAAAAUACACACCUUCUGAUGUUUUUAUUGGCUACCAUUCAGACACUUGUGCUUCAGUUGUCCUGCAGGUGACAGAAAAGCUGAAAGAGUCUUUUCUUCCUCAACAGCUAAUGCAGAAAGUACAAGAGCAGGCUGAGAUGGACCUGUUGAACUGUGCCACCCCAGAUUCUGUAGUCCGCCUUGGUGACUCUAAACUGGACUUUUUAAAAGAUAAGUUAGCUAGGAUAUAUUUUCAGCAACAGCGACACACUUCAUUUGCUGAAUUUUUGCACAUACGCCUUGAGUCAGACUCCAGAGACCAUACGGUUUUCAUUGAGAUUACAACCUUCUCCAGGCUCCUGACUGCAGCAGACACAGAGAUUUUGGAGGCAGAAGUGCAGCAUAAUGCAGACAGCCUGAGAGUUUUGUUCCUGCAGCAAUUUGACACAGAAGACUCAUUUUUAAAAGAGAUUCGGAAUUUUCUUGGUGGGAGGACACAUGGGAGUAAAAUCCUCAUUAUUCAAACUGAUUUUGAAAACGGAUCUCUCAGUGCCCAGCUCAUUGCCUCAGCCAAGUAUUCAACUGUUAAUGAAGUCAACAAAAUACAGGAGAAUCAAAGCAGGGUGUUUGUAUUUUUCAUCACUAAGCUGCCACGAAUUGAAGGAGGAAGCUCCUACAUAGGAUUUCAUGGAGGGCUGUGGCAGUCUGUACAUAUUGAUGAUCUGAGGACAUCCAAGGAUAUGGUCUCUGAUAUAACAUCCCUCAGAAGCAUCACCAUUAGCCAGCUGUUUUGUGAAGAUAAGGGAGAAUCUGCAGAGAAUCCUGAAUUGACAGAGGAAGCAGAAGAAAUAGAGGAGGAGAUGGAGAUGGAGGGAUCACCAAUAUCCAAACCAGAAAUACUUACUAAGAUUUUGGACACAACCAUACUUUUGAGGAGCUGUGUUCAAAGUGCUGUUGGCAUGUUAAGAGACCAAAAGGAAGAUGCUGGUCGUAGCACAAAGAGAAUUGAAAUUCUUCUUAGUCUCCUAUCUGAGGAAGAUGAUUUGAAAGGUUGUUUCCUGAAGAUUACAAAGAACCGUCUUUCUUGCCUUUUGAAAAAACAGGAAGAGAAUUCUUUCCAUGUGAAGGAGUGGGUGCUCCGGGAGGCAUCAAACCUCAGUGCCCUCCAGGAAGGAGGAACAUUUAGGCGCACUCUGUGGAAACGGGUCCAGAGUGCAGUGACUCCACUUUUGGCCUAUAUGGUAUCUAUUUUGGACAGAGAUUAUAAUCUGGAUUUGCUGGUCGAACCAACUACAGAAGAUUGUGUGAAAGCCUUGUGGUUAUUCAUCUUCAAUGAACUGAAUCUUCUGGAUAUCCCUUAUGUCAUGGGUCAGGGCAGUUCUCAAACAAAACCAAUUCAGGUGCAGAAUUACAUGGAAGAGUCUGCAGGGGCUGGCAAUAAAAUGCCUUUCAGCUGGAAGAUAAAGGAUUAUUUGGAAGAUCUUCGGGUUCAAGCACAAUACAUCACUAAUAAUGAAGGCCAUGCAGAGAAGUUUCUAGACAUCUUUCAGCAGACACCACUGGGGCAACAUAUGGCUUGCUUCUCAGAGGAAGAAAAGACCAUCUUUUUUCACUGUUAUGUCAGAGACUUUAUUCUCCUGGCAAUGGGUGUGACCUCAGAGAGAGAUCUAAAUAUGUUGCAAGUGGCCCUCUUGUCAUGUGUGGAAGAACUGAAGGCCACCUCUUCUAGUACAGAAGCAAGAGUGCCAUCCCUUCCUUGGAUCCAUCUUGGUUACCAUCAGUUUAGGAGCCAGCUCCAGAACUUUUCCAGGAUUCUUGCUGUGUACCCAGAUGUGCUUCAUGCUCUUGAACAAACUGAAAAGAAAGGAAGCUGCAUUUUGCACAGCCAAAUGGUACUAGAUGUGUUUGCUGCACUGGCCUGUACUGAAAUGUUGUCAUCGACCGUUCUGAAAUGGGAAACUCAUGCAUGGCUCCAGCAGGUGAAGAACCUUCAAAUGCCCAUUGAACUUGUAUGUACAGCAAACUGUAGACAAGGCAGUGGAAGCCAGUGCAACCAAGUACUCCAAGCAGUGAAGAGACAAUGGAAUAGGAUUUUCUCAGUGUCCCUCUUUGUGGAGCACGUGUUGCUUCCAGCAGAAAGGCUGAUUCCAGAACUGCAGGAGGUGGUAAAGAAGUGUAUCAUGCAACUUGAUCGUUGUUUUCAGUGGGAUUCUGACAUCAAAACUAAGAAAGUAUUCACUGCAGUGAUGAGCGUGCUACGUCAGUGCAAGGAAGAUGCCAGUCAAUCAUUUUGCAGGUUUGGGUUAAGGUCAUGCCCAAUAUGUUUGAACGAUCCUAGAGAUCCAGUAAACCUUCCUUGUGAUCAUGUAUAUUGUUACAAUUGUAUCAAACAGUGGCUGGUGCCAGGACAGAUGAUCUGUCCAUUUUGCUGUGUCAGUCUACCAGAUGAUUACAAGCCCAUAGUGUCUGAAGAGCUCAGCAUUGCCAUAAAGAAAAAUACCAACUUCCGUAAAUUAUGCAACAGUUUUUUCAUAGACCUGGUUUCUACAAUGUGUUUCAAAGGCAAUAAUCCCCCAGAGAAAGCUGUGAUUGAAGAGCUGUUCAAUCUGAUGUUUGUUCACAAGGCAAUUUUGAGAGGCCCUGAAAGCUGGCAUACCAAAUCUUUGUCCCCCUUUGAUGAUGUGGUGGAUAAAACUCCUGUAAUCCGUUCUGUGGUGUUAAAAUUGCUUCUAAAAUACAGCUUCAGUGAUGUGAAAGUCUAUAUACAAGAACAUUUAUCACAAGUUGUAGCAAGUCACAUCAUGGACAAGGAAGAUAAAAUAGAGCUGUACAUGCUAUUUGUCAAUUGCUUUGAGGAUUCAAUGUGUGAGAAAACAGGAAAUUUCCCCAAGGAAAACAAAACAAGCUGCUUGGCAAAGGAUGGGUAUUUUCUGGAAAAUUAUUUUCAUCAGUACAACAGCAGCUGUCCAGUCUCCCAAGAAUUCACCAUUGAGUAUUUGCAGGGAGUUGCCAACAUCCGUCUGUGCAUGGAUAGAGCUGCAGAGGUGAUCUUUGAACUUCAUGAAACUUCAGGCAAUAGUGAAGAAAAAGAAAAGCAACUCCACCUGAAAAAAGUGGAGCAGUUCUUCUGUCAUACUCCAAAUAACUGGUAUAGAAUCUACCUUGUUCGAAAGCUUACUAACAAGUAUGGGUUGGAGUUCACACAGAAGCUUUUGAAUAACCAUCAGUAUCACUGGGUAUUUCCAUCAGAAAUAAUUAAAGAGCAACAGAGAUUCCAAGAGACCAGUUGCAUUGAUCGAUUCCUGGUUUGUGGCAAGAAUUACAAAGCCAUGCGUGAUGCUGUGGGAGAAGGAUUGAUAAAAUGCCAGACAGAGGGCAUUGCAGCAUUCCUGAAGACAUAUAAAGACUCCAAGUCUGCACUGGCAGUUCAUUUUCUCUUGGCUAUCUUCAGAGAGGUCACAUCACUGUAUGGGUGCAGAGACUCAAAUAUUCACCCUAAGCAGAAGCAAUGUGAAGUACUUAAAGAAUUCAUCCAGAACUCCAGAGUUCUUCCUUCUCCAAAACUGGAGUCAUUUGCUGAAUCUCUUGUGACUAAUCAGCUUCCCUUGCUGACCCUGCCCCCUCUGUCUUUCGGCCACAAUGUGAUGGUGAUUGAAAUGGCAGUUCAUACUGCAGUUGUUUUGCUUUCUAGCCAGAAUCAAAUCCUUGAACCUCUAAGGAAUCUGGCAUUCUCACCCAAUACCAUGCAGAAUGCUUUUCUGCCAACUAUGCCGGAAGACAUGUUGGCUCAAGCUGUGAAGUGGCAGGGAAUGAAAAAUGUUCAUUGGUAUACAUGUCCAAAUGGUCACCCCUGCAUUGUUGGAGAGUGUGGUCAACCUAUGCAACAUGGUGUUUGUGUUGAUUGUGGUGUUCAGAUUGGGGGUGUUAACCACACCCCACUGCCAAACUUCCGAAAAGCAAGGAAUAUUCAGGACAGGACACACAGAGGCCACAUACUUGGAGAUCCGGGGAAAAGGAGUCCUGUGAUCACAUCUGAGAGGGAGUUACCUCCAGCUGUCCUAAUUCUGAUUCGCUUGCUCACUCAUUUGGCAUUGCUUUUGGGAGCCUCAUAUGAUGCCCAGUCUCUCCUGCAGAUCAUAAAGCCACCGGUUCAGGAUCCAGUAAACUUCUUGCUGUUCCAUAUUCAUAAGGACUUAGAGCAGCUGAUCAAUACUCUUGGAAAGAGUGCUGAUGAAACCACUAAUGUUAUCCAUCUCAUUCUGUGUAGCCUUCUCAAGGACCAACGUGCAGGACAAUGGCCAGUGCAUUUUGACAGCCAGCUUUCCACAAAAGAGCACAGAAAUAACUGGGAAAGAAGUGUUGCACACACCGUAAUUCUACCUGAACUAAAGCUUUUGGAUAAAACUCUUCUGGACUUGAAUAAACAAAUCAGUGAAGAUGAAAGACUUUCUUCCAACCCUGUAGUGAAAAUUAUUUAUGGGGACCCUGCAGUCUUCCUACCCCAUCUUCCUAACGACAGUACUGUGCACUCUUCUCGGAUAUGGAGUUGCAGGAAGAGGAUCUCAGUUGAGCACCUGGCCCAUGUUGUCCAACAGAAAGGGGACAAAGAUACUGUGCCCAUCUUGUGGAAAUUUUUGCAAAAGGAGGCUGAAUUGAGGCAGGUGAAAUUUCUGCCAGAAAUUCUUGCCCUGCAGAAAGACUUGGUGAAGAGAUUUCAGAACGUCUCAGAAAUGGAGCAUCACUCAAUUGAAGAUUUUCUCAGCAAUUUUUCCUCAGGAGGUGUCAAGUCACUAAUGAGUGUCAAGUCACUAAUGAGAGUUAGAGUGGAAAAAUUUCUGGAUGUGUGGAACAAGCUCAGAUUAUCCAUAGAAACAAAUGGUGAAAUUAAGCUUCCUAAAGAGUAUUGCAGAAUGGACCGCACUAUGAAAGAUACAUUUGAAAUCCUUCUGCCUCGCCGGAGAGGUCUAGGCCUGUGUGCCACGGCUUUGGUCAGCUACCUCAUUCAGUUACACAAUGAUUUCGUCAACACCAUAGUAAAUGAUUCCACAGAUGCCAAUAGCUAUUCUGUCAGCCCUGCUGAAGUGGCCGAACUGCAUAUGAUCAGCUAUGAAGUAGAAAAGGAUUUGAUCCCACUCAUUCUGUCCAACUGCCAGUAUAGCAUGGAGAAAGGAGGAGAGGCACUGCAGGAAUUUGACCUGGAAAAAAUUCAGCAGCAAAUCGUCAAUAGAUUCCUACAAGGGAAGCCCAAGAUCACAUUGCAGGGCAUACCCACUCUGGUAUAUAGAUAUGACCAAAAUUAUGAGCAUCUGUUCAGUGAUAUCAAGAGAAAGCUGGAUCAGAGCUCCCUUUCAAAUUCUAAAAUGGGCAUGAUCAGAGGGGAGUUGGUGUCCUACAGUGACAUCUGUGAGGCACUCUCUGUCACUGAAAUUAUUCUAAGAUUCCUGGCUACAACGGGAAGUGAUUCACAGAUGACUUUGACCGACUACACUGAAAAUGUCCUGCAGAUGAGCAGUCAGAUAAGUCUUCCAGUGAUAAAGGCACUGAGCCGGUGUCAGCUAAAGCAUGCCAUUGCAUUGUGGCAGCUCCUUUCUAGUCAUAAAUCAGAACAGCAGCUGCAUUUGAAAAAGGAUCCUUUUGGAGAGGUCAGUGAAAUUUAUAAAGAGGAACUCAGAGCGGAUGAUAUCUGUCUUCUCAAAGCUUUCCUCACCCAGACAGGGCUGGAGUCCUUCCUUCAAGAGUUGCAUGAAAUGAUCAUGCUGAAAUUGAAACACGCCCGGGCUGGAGAAGAGUUCAAUCCUACAUGGAAGCUUAAAUAUACGCUUAUUGAAUAUCUUCAAAGAAAAGACAGCAACGUGCUUCAAGACUUGGAGGCUAUGUUCCCAGAAGAUAUCCAGGUUUCCCAGGGUAUUGCUGCCUGGAAAAUGGCUGCUAUUCUUAAACGGGGUUGAUGCAGUCCAGGAAAUGAAUCCAGACACUUUACCUCUCUCCCUCCAUUCACUGACGAGCAGAGCAGAACAACAUUUAACUUGUUUUUUUCUUUAUACUAUAAAGAAGUUUAUACUAUAACAAAAAGAAAGGGAGAUUACAAACUUUUGUACUUCAGUUGAUCCUAAAUUAAAGGAUUAUGGCACUGUAUGUGAAUAGCGAUGCACUAACAAAGGAAUUGCUGCCUUAGAUCAUGAAGGAUUUCUAGAAAAUGCAAGUUGGAUAGGUACACUGCAUUCAAAGGAAAGCAUUUUCAUUGUUUAUAGAUUUCUAAAAGGACCAUAUACUGUCUGUAACUUUGGGUUUAUAAAUUUAAUUAUAAACUUUCCCCUUUAGUUUGUUUACCCUGGCAGGAGGCGGAGAAAUCUUCUUUCCCUCAACUUCUCUGGAUUUUCUAAGUGCUAUUAAAGUUGUCUUUUUUAUUAUCAGGGACAUACGGUCUUUGUAUUUUUUUUUCAUGCACUAAGUUGUCUGCUUCUCUGAGACUGUGUAUCUAAGCAAGGCAUGCUAAAGCUCAGUCAAAGGAGCAGUUCACAUGGCUGCCUUCAACCCUGCACCAACAAAAUGACCCCUCCAGAUGUCCAUAGUUAUCAUUGCCCAGGUUGCCCCUAACCUAUCUUUCUGCUGCAUUUUUGUUGAGGGACAGACUUAGUUCAUAGGCAUGUCUCCCUGUCCACAAACCCUUUUGCAUUCUUGGGAAGCCCAAAAUCAAAUCAUAGGAGAUUGUGGAAACUCAUUUUUUUUUAAUU